UUUGCGCUCGUGCUCAUCGUUCUGUGUUGUCACUGGGAGAGCUGUCAAUGUGCCCAAGAGAGCAUUCACCGGCGCAUCCACUUGUUGACUUGGGUUCACAACAGAGUUCAGGGUUACUGUACGCUAUUUAAAGAGGGAAGCAACAUGGCACACGGUUUAGUCAAACGGGAAUCGGUCGAGAGUGAGAUGCAUAAAUCCGAAGACCAAAGUAAAAUAUUUGUUUACACGAAGAAGAGGGGGUAUGACGUUACACGUAACCCCUACCUGAACAAGGGCAUGGCCUUCUCCCUGGAGGAACGACUCCAGCUGGGGAUCCACGGCCUGCUGCCUCCCUGCUUCCUCAGCCAGGACGUCCAGCUCCUCCGGGUCCUCAAGAACUACGAGAUGAAGAGGGACGACCUGGACAGAUAUGUGUUUCUGAUGGGGCUCCAGGACAGGAAUGAGAAGCUGUUCUACCGUGUGCUGACGUCCGACACAGAGAGGUUCAUGCCUAUCGUUUACACUCCCACCGUGGGCCUGGCCUGCCAGAUGUAUGGCCUUGCCUUCAGGAGACCCAGGGGGCUUUUCAUCACCAUCCAUGACCUCACUCACAUCUCCACCGUGCUCCAGAGCUGGCCAGAGAAGGACAUACGUGCGGUGUGUGUGACGGACGGAGAGAGGAUCCUGGGCCUGGGGGACCUGGGCUGCUACGGUAUGGGCAUCCCUGUGGGCAAACUGGCACUCUACACGGCCUGUGGAGGCAUGCCACCCCAGCAGUGUCUGCCAGUCAUGCUGGAUGUGGGCACAGACAAUGAGGAGCUGCUGAAGGACCCUCUGUACAUCGGGCUGAGACACAAGAGGAUUCGAGGCCAGGCCUAUGAUGACCUGCUGGAGGAGUUUAUGAAGGCAGUGUCGGACAGGUACAGUAUGGGAAUGGAUUGUCUUAUCCAGUUUGAGGACUUCUGCAACUACCAAAUGCCCUUCCGUCUGCUGGAGCAAGUACGCGCGGCGACCAGUUACUGCACGUAUCAACGCAUCGACAUCCAAGUUACCGCUGCAGUGGCGGUGGCCGGCCUACUCGCUGCCCUUCGUGUCACCAAGAGCAAGAUGUCAGACCACACCAUUGUAUUCCAGGGUGCAGGGGAGGCCGCGAUGGGGAUCGCUGACCUCAUCACGAUGGCGAUGGAGAAGGAGGGACUCCCAAAAGACGAGGCUCUGCGCAAGAUCUGGAUGGUUGACUCCAAGGGCCUCAUCGUCAAGGGCAGAGACCACCUGACCCAUGAGAAGGAGAGGUUUGCCCACGAGCACGAGCGGAUGAGGAAUCUGGUAGAUGUGGUGCAUGAACUCAAACCCACAGCCAUCAUAGGUGUGGCAGCCAUCUCUGGAGCUUUCACGGAGGAAAUCAUCAGGGACAUGGCCUCGUUUAACGAGAGGCCGAUCAUCUUCGCCCUUAGCAACCCCACCAGCAAGGCAGAGUGCACUGCCGAGCAGUGCUACGCCAUCACAGAGGGGCGGGGCAUCUUUGCCAGUGGCAGUCCAUUUGACCCCGUGACCCUCCCUGAUGGGCGGACGUUCUUCCCUGGCCAGGGCAACAAUGCAUACGUGUUCCCUGGAGUCGGCCUGGGCGUCACCGCCUGUGCAAUCCGACACGUCACCGAUGAGAUCUUUCUCACCACCGCAGAGACCAUUGCUGACCUGGUGACAGAGAAGGAUCUGUCGGAGGGAAGACUGUACCCUCCCCUGAACACCAUCAGAGAUGUCUCUCUCAAGCUGGCCGUAAAAAUCGUGGAGUUUGCCUAUGAGCACAAGAUGGCGACGCUGUACCCGGAGCCUGAGGAUAAGGAGGCUUUUGUGCGCUCCCUCAUCUACAGCACCGACUAUGACGAGUUUGCUGUUGACUCUUACCACUGGCCCAAGGACGCCAUGACCAUCCAGUCAUGCAAACUGUGACGAGGGACUGAGGGCGAAGGACACGGGGCACGAAGGAGAAGUGACAGGAGACCAGGGUCCAGGAAGGGAGUGAAGGAGACGACAGAAGUGCAAUAUCAUCAAGACAAUGGCAAUUGUGGUUUUGAUGUAAAAGAGAAAAAGAUCUUUUUGAAUGCGAUGGCUACGAGCCAAAAUAGACACGAUGAUCAAAUAAAAUGGUUUAAAUGAUUGUUUACUUCA